AUGGGUUGCGUCGCCUCGAAACCCGCAGAGGCGGACAAGGACGCUCUCCAACGUAACGCCCGCAUAGAACGAAGCAUCAGGAAUGACAAGAAGACAAUGGACCGGACUAUUAAGAUCUUGCUACUGGGUGCCGGAGAGUCGGGCAAGUCGACGAUCAUCAAGCAAAUGCGCAUUAUUCACAGCCGAGGUUUCCCUGAGGAAGAGCGCCACACAACACGGGCCGUCAUCUAUUCGAACAUCGUUAUUGCGUUCAAGGUUUUGUUGGAUAUUAUGAACGCCGAAAGCAUAGAUUUUGAGCAUGAAGAGACAAAGUUGCUUGCGGAUUUAUUAGACAAGACCGACCCAGAUGUGGGCUCAGAUGAGGCAUUUUCCGACUUGAAGGUUCGGGACGCCAUGAGGGACAUGUGGCUUGAUGCCGGCGUACAGAAGGCUGUUGCGCGUGGUCACGAAUUCGCCCUGCAUGACAAUUUGGUAUACUUCCAUGACUCAUUGGACCGCAUUUUCAAGCCCGGUUGGCUGCCCGAUAACCAGGACAUGUUGCAAGCACGACUCCGCACGACGGGUAUCACCGAAACUUUGUUCGAGCUCGGGCAGAUGAACUUCCGUAUGAUGGAUGUUGGUGGGCAACGUUCAGAACGGAAGAAGUGGAUUCAUUGUUUCGAGGGUGUACAAUGUCUGCUCUUCAUGGUUGCUCUGUCUGGAUACGACCAGUGUCUGGUUGAAGACCAGAAUGCGAACCAAAUGCACGAAGCCAUGAUGCUGUUUGAAUCUCUAGUCAACGGCGAAUGGUUUAAGCGGAAACCCAUCAUUCUCUUCCUCAACAAGAUUGAUCUCUUCAAAGGAAAACUCGCCAUCUCCAACAUCUCCAAACAUUUCCCCGAUUACACAGGUUCUAGCACCGACUUUGAUGCUGCUGCACGGUACUUCUCUGACCGUUUCCGCGGCAUUAACCGAAUCCCAGAUCGUGAGAUCUAUAUCCAUUAUACAAACGCCACAGACACCACAUUGCUUCGGGCGACCAUGGACUCGGUACAGGAUAUGAUCAUCCAGAAGAACCUCCAUACCCUCAUACUAUAA